AUGGCAAACGCCAGGACCGCCCGCAUCGCAAACCCAGCACUAUUCAUCUGUGACAUCCAAGAGAGGUUCCGAACUAUCACAUAUGAAUUCCCGAAACUAGUAUCAACGUCUCUAAAACUCCUACGAGCUUCCAAGCCUCUCAACAUUCCGAUAUACGUUACCACACAAAACUCUGCUCGUCUGGGCUCUACCGUUGCCGAGUUCGAUGAAUACCUACAGCCAUCAAACCCCAACCUGCGCAUCAACUGUGACAAGACACUUUUCUCCAUGAUAACGCCGGAAGUCAAGGAGAAAUUGCCAAACGCUGCCACCGAAAAGCCACUUGAUGCCAUCAUUGUCGGCCUUGAGACGCAUGUUUGCGUUACCCAGACAGUUUUGGACUUGCUAUCGUUGGGCCAUCGGGUGUAUAUCAUGGCAGACGGAGUGAGCAGUGCCAAUGUUGAGGAAAGACAUGUUGCGUUGGCUCGGCUGAGGGAUGCUGGCGCUAUCGUGACCACAAGCGAGAGCAUCUUAUUCGAGAUCAUGGGUGACUCCAAGAUUGGAGUCUUUAGGGAAAUUAGUGGCAUUGUCAAGGAGACCGGAAGGGACACCAAGGGUGCUCUGGAGGCAUUCUGUGCUGCUAGUAAGAUCUGA